GCCAAGCGACAUAAUUGCUCCAAUGUAAGCCAUGAGCGCCUGGGCAUUAGGCAUGCAUUCAUUAUUUUGUAGUUCCGGUGGCUGCAUACUAGCAUCAUCUUUUAACACUUUAAUUUCACUACACGGAGGAUUCAAACAGGCAAGUAAUGUGCCCUUCAAUCACCACUCUAUUUCGUGGAAACAGCAUCAGUGUUCAAGAAUACUUUCAGGCAACGGUAAUUAAGUGGCUUCAUUUUGUUACAACUGAACAAACGCAUGUUACCAGUAAAACAAUGUUUUGACGCGAACGUGACAGAAAUAAAAACAUUCUUGGAAUCAGUAGAGAGAAAGUCCUGUCGGAUUCUGUUGAGAACAGCCCUACCUCUAUGCGAACUCCUCCAGCAGUACCUGACAGCGAAGUAUCCUAAAUUCUUGCUGUAAUCGGCGGGCGAGUGAAGCAUCAGAGACAUGUAGCCGCGAGGGGCCGCAUCCAGCUCGUGACAACAUCAUUUGAUAGAUGAUGGAUAAGGAUGUUGGGUUUUCUAUUAGCGAUGUUGGUGGCUUAUCUUGAAUUAACGUGUACCACAUCCAGUCCGAAACAGUGAUAUUUGGACGGCUGCAACUUUCUGGCAUUUUCAAAUACAAAGGAUGUUAUGGAUAAAGUAUUUUGCUGAGGAAUUGGAUGUUGAUCUAUAUACAGCUAAGGUACACCAGGCUCGCUCCUCUAUACCGGAUUAAUCGUUGUCAUCCGUUGGGUAGAGAACGUGAAUCACAGAGGAUAUUUCAAGGUGCGGUGGAUUGCUUCCCAUACGAGCGAGUAAUUUACAGCAACAACAAUUGAUUUGUGAAGCUUCAAGUUUAGUAUUGUAAAUGCCUGUCACAGUAGUGUCAAGCAAAUUGUGUUUUAAUACAUGGGUGACAUGUGAGUAGGCAUAUUGACAGAAGUUUGUGAGGAGCCUACAGUUACCUGUUGCGUACUUGACUAAGUAACGCGGCGCAUAUCCGUCAUGUCGACGACGAGUCUCUCUGGACACCAUGUAUUUGUGCUUUAAGAAGAUACUUACUUCGGUAUUUUUAGUGUUCAUUCUCGUGCCAACACCACAUGGAUAUUUUGGAUUGACUGCAAGAGAAGCACUCAGCAUCAAUGAGCUGUUGACUGCCCACAAGGAUGACGAGAGCAGCAUUUACAAUCUUUCCAAGGCGAAGGUGUGCGAUACGCUCUAUCUGCCACGGCAACAGAAGAAAAUGUGCAGGCGUGGAAAGGGAAUAGCAAUGACGCUCGUGCAAGCUCUUCGAUUAGCUUCAAUGGAAUGUGCACAUCAGUUUAGCAUGGAGAGAUGGAACUGUACCCUGGCACAGUACAGGCAGAAACUCCUCCGAAAAGGAUUUAAAGAAACGUCCUUCUUGUAUGCGAUAUCAUCAGCCGGUCUGGUGCACGCCUUUGCGAGUGCUUGCAGCAAGGGCUCUUUGGACAGAUGCACGUGUGAUGAAUCUAAACAUUUAGAAAACACUAAAGCCUGGAUGUGGGGUGGAUGUGGCCACAACAUACGAUUUGGAUUAAAAUUCACAAGGAAAUUUUUGAAACGGGCAAGAAAAUCAGGCAAAGACAUACGAGCCAAAAUAGAUGAGCACAACAGCCAUGUUGGAAUAAAGGUUGUCAAGGACAACGUGAAGACAGUCUGCAAGUGUCACGGCGUAUCUGGAUCCUGCACGAUGAAGUCCUGUUGGCGGCAACUUUCUUCUUUCCAUAAAAUUGGCACCAUUCUUAAAUCAAAAUAUGAACAUGCUGUCAAAGUUGGCGCCUACACAAAUCAUGCAACAGAAAAAUCUCGCCAUAAAAGAUUAAAAGGUCCCAGUGUUUCCAGCGAGGUAUUGUCAGCCCGGAGGGGCGACCUUCUGUACUUGGAUAAUUCCCCAAGCUUCUGUGGGUCAGGCAGAUACUCUCCUGGAACAUCAGGGCGAGUGUGUGACAAAGACAAUAACUGUGAAGUUAUAUGCUGCGGACGCGGGUAUAAUGUCCUACACAAGCAGGUGCAACGUUCAUGUCAGUGUCAGGUUAUAUGGUGUUGCAAAGUAAACUGUAAAAGGUGCUUACAUGAGGAAAAAAUUCAUAUGUGCAAAUAAAGCCCGAUCCUAUUUCAAUGUUAUAGUAGCAAUGAACUGCAUCGAUUGAAACAUGAUUCAGUGUCGACAAUUCACAGACAAGCAAUGGGAUCUUUCACAGUCAGGCCAAGAACUGAUUGUGUCAGAGUGUCCGUAAAUGUAUGUCUGAACAGAGUCAUGUGGAGUUUCCAUCUUGCAACGAUUAUGAUGGACCGAUGUCAAAAUAAUGAUUCAUACUGACCCUAACCAUCGGAGAAUGUAUGUAUUCAUAACCAGUACAACACGGCGUACAUAUAUCUGAGAGUAACAAGUGCACGCUAUUACAUGUCUAUUUGUCUCUGAAUGCAUAUUAACUUACCUACAACAGUAUGGUAGUCUACAGCUGAUUACGAUCUUUGCACAGAGUGACACUCUAUAACCACCACGCAAUGCAUAUAUAUGCAGGUAGCCGUUGAUAGUGCACAGAAAAGACAUUCCAAAUUUCUCGAUUAACAGUCCAACCUACCUAGUAUUGCAGAUCAGAGUUUAAUGUGUGCCCAGUUAUGUUUGUUGGUGUCCUUAGGGAAGGAGAGAGGAGGUUGAAAGUGUUCCUUACACAUCAAUUUCGGUUUCAUAGUUUAUUUUAGAACAAAGUCCUACAAACCUCCUCAAUUUUGAGAAAAAUGUGCCACAGAAACAUUUAUUGUUUAUGCAAUCUAAGUUUGUCAGAUAACUUUAAGAAAACCAUAGCGGUUUUGCCAUUACCAUUAUGAAUUUCCGCUCGACAAAUAAGUUCUUCCGUUUGAUUUUUACAAUUAAUAAUUGUGUGUAGUUAUCAAUCAAGCAUACAGAUAUAGAAAAGUAAGCAAAUCAUUGAAAUGAGUGUAACGUGUAAAAUCACAACAAGGAUAUAGGUACUAUUACCUUAAUGACAACAUUAAUGACGUAAUCAUAUCUAGGAGCCGAUUAAUGCGAGCAAUCAAACAUUUUAUUAUAAACGGUUUGUAUAUAUUUGACAAAGCACAAGUGGGGGUUGUUUGAAAACGGACGUGUUUGUCGCUAUAUUAACAACUUGCGAACAACGAUGUAAAGUUGAUAUCUGUGGAGGGUUUCCUUAUGAUUAGGAGUUGUUAGAGCUUUACACUUAUAUAUCAUUUUGUACACACGAGCUUAUUUCACCACAUAUUGAUAUCAUGAAAAGUAGAUUGGAGUCUCAGUAAAAAACCUCUCGGAAACAUUCAUUCAAGGCGUGGGCCUUGUGUCUUGAGGAACAAAUAUUUGUUCACAAUUGAUAGCUACAGAGAAUACAAUGACAUACUGUUUGGUUUGAUGAAUGCAAUAGUCUAUCUGUUUUUGGUAAUUUCUGCUCAUCUGUUUCUCGUUUAAUAUACAUUUGCCCAUACUGGUAUGUCACAACCUGGGGCUACAUAUCCACCAUUUGUCUGUAGGAUUUACAGCGCAUGGUUGCAAUUAAUAAAUUAUGUUUAAAAUCCAUAUACCAAUCUUUUCUGGUGGUGUGUUGAUUGUUUACAUAACCAAUACCUGUUUUUGUUUUUAAUGUG